CAGCUGCGUCACGUGUCGGGGACGGCAUGAAAGGCAAGACGCCGAAAUCUGUGCUCGAGGACUCCGCGAGCAACGUGGUCAUGGUGCGGAAUGAGCUCGGGCUGCGAAUUCGCUGCAGACAGGAGCUGACGAAAGCUGACCGCGCCAGAAGAUCUCUGUGGGUGAAGUCGAGUGCAAACCGCCACGGCUCCCCAUCCGGCGCCGAAUCUCCAGGUAGAAAAGCGAUGCGCGGCUACGGGCCCGCGUCCCAAUUAGUGAAGUCGCUCGUGGGUGCCACACAGUUGGGACGCAAGAACAAAUCGAAAGAGGCACCAGCAGGGGCGGGUGGUGGAAGCAGUAAC